UACAGCACUGACGAUCCGACGGACUACUUAUUGCACCAACCGUAGCCCACAAACUGGCGGUCCUCAACGGCUACCACGAGCCCUCUAUGGAGGAGCUAGAGAAUGAGCUCCCUGUAGUUCUUGAAGGCCAGGUUCCACUGGGCGACCUUCUUUCUAGGGUGGCCCAGGCCAUCUAUGCUGAGCUAUCUGAACUUGCGGAGACUCUUCCAAACAUGUCCGAUGGUGCUCGAAAACGCACCCUCGCCGAUUGGGUCGUGAAGACCAAGAAGCAAGUUGUAAAGCUGUAUGCCAUCACUAAGUGGGCACGGGAUGCAGAGACUGUACAGAAAUGCAUGAACAUCACCGCCUUUCUCAUGAAUCAGAACCAGCAAUUCGAAGAUGUCAUGAGAGGUCUGACGUACGCAAAAGAAAGCUUAGAUCCCGCCAGGCUACGAAAUCAUGACUUACUCACCUCUCUGGAUGUCCUUACUACGGGCACAUACCAGCGGCUACCGUCUGGCAUCAAGAAAUCUAUCGUUCCAAUUACUCCCCUGUCGGAUGCUGAGGUUGUGAGCACCCUCAGUGACAUAGAAAACGCCAUCCGCUACCGUCUCCGCAUGACGGAGAUAAUACCAGUUGAAAUGUUACAGCAUUGCAUAGCUAAUGGACGCGUGCACUUCACAGUCCCUAAGUUGUUCGAAACUGCCAUCUGCCUAAGAGGUGCAGAGAAGCAUGAUGGCUGGUUCUUUGUUAGCGUCAAGUUUCUCAUCACCGUGGGCGGUGACCUCACGGGCAUGCAAGAGUUCCCUUCCGAGCCCAGUGGCGUCCUCAGACGACAUAUUGCAGACGAGGCUGAUCUACGGAUGGCUUGUUAUCUUCCGCUCCCAGAUAACCCAGAAUUUGCUCCCAAUCCAGAAGAUCCGCCGCGACCACAGCUUCCAGAGGGAACGGUAGAUGCACCACUUGUCAGGCUUUUCAAUUUCCUUCAAAUGAUGUCCAUGUCCUAUCAACUUGAAAUAUUGUGCUAUCAAGCCCAGAGGAUGCGCUCCCUUGGUUGGGCUGAUUUCCUCAAAGUUGAGAUGCGUGAUGGACGCAAAACACUUUCUGUAUCGUAUUGGAUGCGAUCCCCACAACCUGGAGUCCCCGCCCCGCCGCCCAAUCGUCUCAAACUACCGCCACAUGGUGGCACUUUGACCAUUUCUAUUGUCGAAAAGGUUGGCAAAAAGGCCGCGCGAUCACCUAUAGCACGGAUGCUUGCCGAGCUUCAGCGGAAGUCAAAACUAGGUGAUAUGCGCCCUUCUGAUGAUGUUGAAAGUCUGCAGUUUGACGCAAAAUGGGAACCAAUGAAGGGCGUGUUAGCUGCUAAUAUCGACGCUGAGGAAGCAAUAGCUGCAGUCAAAGAGCUUGUGGUGGAGUCUGCUAAUAUCGACUUUGAGUCGAUGCUGAGAAAGGUGAUCGAGGUGCACACACAAGAAAUCCUGAGAUUCUACCAGGUUCAACUUCAACGGGGUCCUGUUCGAGUGUUCUCCCCUGAAGGCAAAGUGGUUCUGGGUUCUGAAAGAGGUUAUCAUUCUCUUCGUGUGCAUCUCUGUGCCGACGAAGUCGCGAUCGUGUCCAUCGACGCUAGGACAGGCCGGCUGAGCAUACGAGAUACCGGUGACCUCGCAGCAGCUGGCCGAGGACCACGAUUUUCUGCCAUCUCUGACAAACUCAACGAAGCCCCCAACAUGCUUUUCGAUGUGCUCAUCAGACUACGAUUUAACACGAUUACGGAUAUCGUGGAACAAAAAGCUAACUAUCUUGGCUUCCAGGUAUUCCGACACCGAAACUUCUCAAAAGAAGAGAUUCAAAAACUUGGACCCGCAGCGCGCGGCAUGAUGUACAUCCAGCUCGCCAACUUCCCCACGCAUUACCUCGUGCUUGUCCUCACAGAUGAAGAGUUCAGGUACGCGCUCAUAUCGACAAAAAUGCUUUCCGACACAAUGUUUGGAAACAUGAUUAUGGAGGAUAUCGGCUGGCUUGAUGUGAGACGAAUACGAGGUGAUAGGGGUGUUGGUGCUGGCAUGGAUGAGGUCGUUAUUACAUCUCUGUCGCACGAACCACUUGUAGUGCAAAAGAGGAGACGAGAUGAUAUCCUUCCAGAAUUAUCAAGAAGCGAGGAUAGUUUCAACUUGGAGACCCAAGUGCUCCGGGAGCUAUAUGCAUAUUGCUGCGCACGCGUUGCAUAUACCCGAGUCGAGCGCCAGUUCAAGCUCCGUGGCAUCCCUUACACUCACGUCAACCCUACGAUCAUCCUCCCACAGAUAUCCGAGCUUGCGCACAUUCAAUCCUCCCUUGCCCGUUCUGUACCGGCGCUAUGUGUUCAGUCCUCAGACAUUCUAUCCGGCGCUCCAGCAGCCGAGGCGGCCAUGCCUAACAUCCGCGUCAUACCAUUAAAUUGGUGGUCAGACAAGAAGGCGCAGGUGGUGACCUGCGUGAAACUGAAAUACGUACAACAGCCAGUUGGGAAACGUGCCGCGGCAGGGUCUAGCGGCAAGAAUAUUAUCCGCCCAUCGAAAAGAAUUAUCUAUGAUGCGGCAGAGGCUGUGGUCUCUUUUUUGUCUGAAGAGGUCGACACCUGUGUGGACGAGUUUUUGGAGGAGUGGGCCCGCGUUUCUAAAAUGGUCGUCAUUGCCCGCGAAGUGGCACGAAUGGCGAAAGAUAAGACAUGGCGGGAUGUCAGACUACUAUCAUUUGACCUGCAAACUGUGGAGUUUGCGUAUGCCUCAGAUUAUACCGUCUUAAUUACUUGUACGGACCAGCUAUCGCCUACGGGAGGAUCCUUCGAACUACGCUUUUCGCGGUGCAUACCUUCACCGGCACUCCUGCAACCUUCCUCCCUCGCUCCGCCUCAAUUUCGUUUCCCAACUCAUCAGCUACGGACCAACCCCCAUGAAGAAGCUGAGCCAUACCUCCGUCAUGUUCUCCGUCAUGGACCUCUGGCAUCAUCACUUGACCGCCUUGUUGAACUCCUUCGAAAUACCCUACCUAUAGCAGUGGAACUUGAACAUAUGAGAGCGACCUCCCGUGAUGCCAAGCAAUCACCUGGACGUGGUAGAGGUCGACCACGUAUAGCGGUCCAGGCCGGUGCCUCCGAACCAUGGGUAGACACAUAUGUCAAAGGCUUGGGCUGGUGGAGGGUGCUGUAUGGCGAUCUCAGACAUGCUCUUGACUUCCGGUUAAUGACAGGACAACGGGUUGCUAUACUAGAUGCGUCGUACUCUCUUUUCGGCUCAAGCUCACCCACUUCCUCCUCUUCAACAUCAUCAUCGUCUUCUGAGCUUCUCAGUUUACUGCCGAUUCCAGAUUUCAAGACCCUUGUCAUUGAUGCCAUACAGUAUGUACGUAUGAAAGACGAACAUGCAAGGGUCGCCUGCAUCGACGCCGGGGUGGUCUGCGAUAGCUCUGUUUUGAAAGGUGUGGCGAGGGCAUUGCAUGAACGAGUGUUGAAAAAGUUAAGGGAUGGGUAAUGCUACCGAUUUCUCUACUUGAUUGGCAUUCUCGAUGUACCUCGUGAAUGCACCUUUUGCAAAAAUCCCCGCUAUUUUGUGUAGCGAGUCUUGUGGUGCAUGAU